AUGAUCUCCAGGACACAACGCAAAUCGCAGCUCGAAUUCACAAACGGAAACUCCGUUUCCGGCUCCACGGUAGAACUGACCGAUUUCUCGCUCUCUUCGCUUCCUACUUCGACCUCAAUUCCACCCACGCCAAACUCUGGCCAAGUCCCUUACACCAUUCCACCCAACAGAGGCAGCAAACGUUAUUCUUUGAACGAGGUUUUUGACGUGUGGUACACCAACAAAGAGAACAUCGUUAACCCUGCUAUCGAACUUCCUGUACUUUCGCAUGAAUCAUACAAGCUCCAUAAACCUCGCCAAAUCUACCAUUUGGACCUUCAGCCUACGCUGGCUCCGUCGUUUGUGUCGUCUGAUUCGGCCAACUCAGAUUCAGUAGCCUCCAGCGCUUCCAACUCAGACUACCCUUUAACUUCCACUGUAGAUUCCGCUUCAGUAGCAGCUGGAAAUCCAUCUGGAAAUUCUGGUGCAAAUUUGUCUGGAAAUUUAUCUAGUAGUGGGAUUUCUAGCAAUGGUAUUUCCGCUGUUUCGGCUGAGAAGAGCAUCUUGCCGUCUUUGACCUCAGGUGAAAUUGACAAUUCUACCUUCAACUCGACUUUGGCAUCACUUUCUCUCAACGAGUCCCCUGGAACGUUUCAAGCUCAAGCUCAGACUCAAGCUCAGACUCAAACUCUGACACCUUCAGCUUCGUCUCAUCCUCCUCCCGGAAUGACUUCCACUCUUCAGAACAUCAACGCUGUUCCUCUUCUUACGUCUGACAAGAUCAACUGGUUCUAUGUAGACCCACUUGGAACAGAGCAGGGUCCCUUCAAUGGAGAUACAAUGCAAGAAUGGUUGACCGGAGGCUACUUGCACUUGGACUUGAACAUUCGUAGAUUGGAAGAAUCGUCCUACAGACCUCUCAAAGAACUCUGUGAAAAAGUCCAGAACUACAUCCAACCAUUCAAGGUACCUCUUCCAGACUUGACCGUUCGUUCUGCUCCAGUGGCCGAGACCAGACCGCUGUUCCCUCCAUUUGGAUCCCAGGGCCAGGUUCCUCAGUUUAGCUCUCUUGGGCAACAGCAGCAACAACAGUCGCAGUUCCAUCCCUUGUUGUCAGGAGGCCCCAACCUUGGCAGAAUCAACUCUGGACUUGGCCAUAGUCAACAGCAGUCGGGAUUGUUUGGCAACGAUUUCAUGUCCAACGAUCCUUUUUCUGCCCAGGGGUUCCAAAACUCUCCAGGAGCUAACCAGUUCGGAAUCGACUCUAUCAACCGGAACCUCGGCUUCAACAGUGGCUUGCAGAUCAACACCAUGCCAGCCUUGUUGCAACUGCAGAUUCAACAGCAGCAAUCACAACCUGGUUUGUCGAGAAACAACAGUGGCUGGGGCAGUUUGGACCAUUCCACCGGUUUGAUGAGUAACAGUAACCCUGCAACGCCACUAUCUGUUAACCCGGUGUUGCCUGGCCAGAUCACCCAGCCAACCCCAAUAUCUCCAUGGAUUUCUGGUGGGAUCCAGUCCCUGUCCAGAGUCAGCUCACCCUUUGUUGCAUCUAGCACUAUUAGCAACAAUAACAGCAAUAGCAACAAUAACGUAAGCUCUGCAGAAGUGAUCGACACUGUUGCUGCCGACGAUGUUGUGGUUAACGAUGACCAUGUUUUGAGCAACAUGCAUUCUUCUGUAGUGAACGACUUCUUGGACGACGAUCAUUUCAAGCAAGAAGUCCCAGCCCCAGCUUUAGCUACUGAAAAGUCGGAAAAGACUGAAAAUUCAGAGCCAGCUGUCAAUGAACAGCAAGCAAAGGCAGGACCGGAACAAGAAGCUGAGCCGGAACAAGAACUUGAAGACGAAGAAAUUGUUUCCGCUCCAGUGGUUGAAACCUUGAAGCCUUCGGUGCCUAACCAACAAGAGUUAGCUCCAUGGGCCAGCAGCAAAAAUCCAGAAGCUGAACAAAAGCCAGCCAUGACUUUAAAGGAAAUCCAGCAAUUGGAAGCGGAAAGAUUGGAAAAGCAAAAACAAUUGCUUGCUCAACAAAGAGCCGAAGUCAACCGUGCUUGGGCACAGGCAGAGGAGAAGGCUGCUGCUGAACAAAAGGUGCCAGCACUUCCUCCAACUACCAGUUGGGGUGCUGUUCCUGUUCAAACUGUAGCCAAAAAGACAUUAGCUGAAAUCCAGAAAGAAGAAGCCGAAGCUGCAGCUGCCAGAGCCAAGGCUGCCAAGGCAUCUGCUGCUGCGUCGGGUCUUCCAGUUCAAAAAGCUUCAUUCGCCAGUGCUUUGACGGCAUCAUCUACUCCAAAGGACGAUGGAGUGUGGCAGACUGUUGCUGUUAAGAAGCCAACAGUUAAGAAGCCAGUUGCUCCAUCUAUUACCAAUGCUGCUUCUUCUAGUAGAGCCACCCCUCAAGUAUUGAGAUCGGUUUCAGCUACGAGGCCAGCUGUCUCUGGCAGCAACUCUCUUGCCUUGAGAGAGGAUUUCUUGAUUUGGGCAAGAUCCAACAUGACCAAUUUGUACCCUACCGUUUCAAAAGAUGAUUUGUUAGAUAUGUUUAUUACCUUGCCAGCUUCCAGCAGCGACUCUGGUGCCUUGAUUGCUGAGACCAUCUACGCUUCAUCUGCUACUAUGGAUGGUAGAAGAUUUGCCCAGGAAUUCUUGAAGAGAAGACAAAAGGUAGACCAACAGAUUGGCAAGGAUGACGAUGUUUCAUGGUCGUCUGCAAUCAUCUCUUCUGCUGACAAGUUGACUACUGUUGAUGAAGACGGCUGGAGCACCAACGUUAAGUCCAAGAAGAAGAAGAGAACUUGAACUGUGGAGUCAUAUUGGUUCUAUACAUACAUACUAUCAAUUAGAAAUUGAAACAUUCUGCAUUGGACGCACCGUAGUAAAAUGAUAAUAUAUUUCACUGAUAAUACAAUAAGUCAGUAUUAUAGUUCAUAGAAUUAUUGUAAGAAAGUAAUAUGGCAUGUAUUAGGUGCGAAAUAAAAUGGCUGCGAGACGC